CCAUGCAUAACACAUCAAAUUCAUCGUCUGUAUCCAUUACUAAAACUAACGGAAGAAAGACCUUUAUAUUAUCUUGACAAAUAUCUGAAAAUGGCCACUCUCCACCUUAGCAUUCAUGGCUUUGCCACCACAUCAUCUGUUCAUCGUAAAUUCAACUUCAGCCGCACUUCCGGCACGGCCCUAACCCACCUCGGCUUCUCUAGAUGCAAAAUCCGAGCCGUUAGCACCGUCCCCGGAAGCGAGCCGGCAGCCACGGAGGAGGAAAAAGAGCCAAACGAACCACCUGUUGUUGACUUUGCAUUUGUUCAUUCUGUUUUGCUGCCAGAUGGUACCCCGGAUGUACAUUUUCGUAGGGCCUGUGGUGGGCAGAAACUUAGGGAUAUAAUGCUGGAUAAUAACAUUGAGUUGUAUGGACCAUAUGGUCGACCUCUGCUCAACUGUGCAGGAGGAGGGACCUGUGGAACUUGUAUGGUUGAGGUUGUGGAAGGGAUGGAGCUGCUCAACCCUCGAACAGAGAAAGAGAAGGAAAAGAUGAAGAGGAAACCAAAAAGCUGGAGACUUGCCUGCCAAACAACUGUUGGUAAACCAGAUUCAAGGGGCAUGCUGGUGAUUCAACAACUGCCCGAGUGGAAAGCGCAUGAAUGGACUUACGACAAAAAUUUACCGUCUGAGGAGCCUUAAGCACCACCAUCUUUGUGUCUGCAAUGACUGGACACUGAUAGCUAAAUUUAUGAAAGAGAUGAUAAUGUGUGUUUUGUAUGCAUGCAAUUUAAGCUUUUACCAGUAAAACAUUCCCACUGAUAGCUUUGGGUAGGAAGCAGGCAACAAUGGAUUCCAAUACACGUAGUUUCUGCAA